AUGAAUAUUUAUACUAUUAUAGAAAUUCUUAAACACACUGAAUAGAGAGGCGUAGAAUUACUUAUCGAUGCCUUGAUUAUUGGAAUAGAAAUUGGGAGAAAAAAUCUUUAGAACCAUUAAAAAAUAGCUUAAAUAGUUGGAUCUCUAUCAAAUUUGAAACAUGGAAUAGAUUUCAGUUUUUCUUCACCUUUUCUUAGGGAUGAGAUAUUUGAUAGAGUACUCAAUAAGAAUGAGAAGUUAGAAGAUAUUCUCAUGAAUGUAUAAUAACAAUGCUAAGAGAAAUAUUAAUUACAAUAAUAAUAAACAAAUAAUUGUAAUAUUUGCUCCUAAAGUAUCGAAAAUAAUUCCGAAAAGAAAUUUAUCGCUGCCUGUUAACAUCAAUUUCACAAAUAAUGCGUAGAAAAUGUAUUGGCUUAAGGAUUCAAUAUUAGAAUUGGAUUUAAAUGUCCCAUAUGUGGGUAAUCUACCUUUAAAGAGGAUAUUGAAUAUUAAUUGAAAGCCAAUAACAAUUUUAAGACUUCAUGUUGUCCUACUCCUCAAUGCAAGAAAUAUUUCUCAUAUAUUGGCCAAGAAAUUUAUAGAUGUUCAGAAUGCGAAAAGAAAUAUUGUUUAAAAUGUUAAUCACAGAAUCAUCCAAUCAAUGAAUGUAAAACUGAUAUCAAAACUGCUACAUUUGAAAUGGGUGAUAAUUACAAGGAAUGUCCAAAAUGUAAAUUGUGGGUUAAGUAAUUGGAAGAUGAAAAAAUAUUAUAUUGUUUGUGCAAAUACACCUUUUGUUUUGGUUGUGGCAAUAAGGAUGGAAAUUGUAAUUGUAAUAAAGAUUACAAAAUUUUAUAAAGUUUAACAAAAGGUUUCUUUCAGAUGAUAUAAUGA